ACUUUCUGCGGCUCCAUUUCUCUUCGUCGAACAAGCAUUCCACACUCUGUCGGACGCCAUCCACCGUUGUCAGCGUUUUUCUUGUGCAACCAGUGAAGAAGCUAUGGAAAUGUUUCUUUGAUUCCUGAAGAAAAGAGGCAACUAAGUAAUAUGUCUACUUUUUGAAGAACAAUAGAUUUGACACACUUGGUGUGAGAGUCGUUGUAUAGAAGCAUGAGGUUCCUGAGGAUCUUUAAUGUCCUAAAGUUACCUAUUGGAGUAUUAAUGAUAUUGCUGCUGGAUCUUGGAAACAUUGGCAACUCUGUGGCACAUUUGUCAUCUUCAUCUGAAUCCACAAUGCAUACUAAUAAUUGGGCUGUCUUAGUCUGCACAUCACGCUUCUGGUUUAAUUAUCGACACAUGGCCAAUACACUAUCCUUGUAUAGGACAGUUAAGCGGUUAGGAAUACCUGAUGAGAGGAUAAUACUCAUGUUGGCAGAUGACAUGGCAUGUAAUGCUAGAAACAAAUACCCUGCCCAAGUUUUUAAUAACGAGAAUCACAAGCUUAAUUUGUAUGGGGACAAUGUGGAGGUAGAUUAUCGUGGCUAUGAAGUGACAGUGGAAAACUUUUUACGGGUCUUGACAGGUCGUCAUGAGGCUGCUGUUCCAAGGUCUAAGCGUCUGCUAAGUGAUGAAGGGAGUCACAUACUUUUGUAUAUGACAGGGCAUGGAGGUGAUGAAUUUUUGAAAUUUCAGGACUCAGAAGAGCUCCAGAGUCAUGAUUUAGCUGAUGCUGUGAAGCAAAUGAAAGAGAAGCGUAGGUUUAAGGAGCUGUUGAUAAUGGUGGACACGUGCCAAGCUUCAACUCUCUUCUCACAGCUUCAUUCACCAGGUGUUUUGGCUAUUGGAAGCAGCAUGAAAGGAGAGAAUUCAUAUUCACAUCACUUGGACCCAGAUGUUGGUGUUUCGGUUGUGGAUCGUUUUACAUAUUACACUCUAGCCUUCUUCGAGAAGCUAAAUAUGUAUGAUAAUGCCUCCUUGAGCAGCCUUUUCAAUUCAUUUAAUCCAAAUUUGUUGAUGUCAACUGCGUAUUAUAGAAUGGACCUGUAUCAACGUAGUUUGGAGGAGGUACCUGUCACCAACUUCUUCGGUUCUGUAAUGGAAACAUUACACGCUGAUUCAGCGUACAGAUCCCACAAGAGUCUAGAUGUUGUAGAAGCUAAAAUUAAAAUGUUUACAGAUCAACCAAUGUCUGGGAGCAGCAUAAGAAUUUUGAGAAACUUGAAUAACAAGGAUCAAAUUAUUAGUGACUUGAGCACUGAGGAAAAGUCGCUGGACAGCUUUGGACAACUCUGGAAUUCUAUUCUUAGCAAAGUGACCGCAACUGAAAAUGUUGAUGCAUUUGUGCGCCGCGGCCUUCUUUUAAUGCUUCCUUUGUUGGUAGUUUCCACAUGGCUGUCACGCUAAAGGGCUCAUGCUUGCCUUUAAUGUUAUGGUUACUUGAUGUGCAAUUUUCCAGGAAAAUGAUUAUAAUUGAUGGUUUCACAAGAGGAUAGAGUUCAGAUGUAGCUUCUUUAUAGUUUCAAUCUCUUGGUUAGUCAGUUUUUGUUGCCUUGUUCAUGCUUUGGUGCGACCCUGUUGCUCAGACUUUGCAUAGUUUGAAUGGUGUUUUUUUUUUUUUUU